AUGCAGAAGCCUCUGCCAACAGUAGUGCAAGCUUUCCAUGAUCUAUUACAGCAUGAACAGAAACUUAAGGCAUAUGGGAAAGGAUCUGGUAACAAGGCAACAACUCAAUCAGUUGCUUUAGCAGCUGGUUCUUACAGUGGAACUGGUUCUUCAAAUUCCAACUCAACAACUAAGAAUCCAUACAAGGGAAAUGGAGGUGGAGAAACUGGUACCUACAAAGGAAGUGGAAGUGUAGCCCAGGAUGCAGAUGUUGAAGGAGACAGGAACUCACAAGUUGAGGUUGGAAGUAGGUUUUCAAACACUACUGGAGGUUUUACUGCAGAGGAAAUGAACAAGCUGAGAACCCUCUUGCAGUCUUCAAGUUCCAGUUCACCAACCUCCCCUCAGAGUCCUGCAAUCAAUCACAGGUCACAUUCUGUGACUAACUAUCUGCCUCAAUUCCCAAGCUAUGCAGGACCUAGUGACCGGCAAGAGGAUUGGUUUGGCAAAAGAACAUAG